UUCGUCCGAAAAUUUGUGGUCCGAAUGAAAGCGACGAUUUUAUGUGAUUUGAUGUGAAAGUUUUUCGCACGGCGUUAAGAAAAACAUCAAAAAUUGAAUAAAAAAAAUUCAGAAAUCGACUACUCGAAACGUGUGGUAGUAUUCAGUCAUUGAUUCUUAACAAGGACAUAACCUUGAAGAAUUUUGCUUAGGUCAGCAGACCAACUGCAUCCUCGUGUGUGCAAUAAGCAGAUAGACAACCGCCAAGCUAAAACCAGAAGCAACAAGAAAACCUGAGAACAAAAUAAACGAACCAAAUAAAAACUACUUGUGCAUUGAAUUCAUGAAAGCAAAACAUGCCACGGUGAAUCAUUGUGUUACUGUUGAUAAGACUCUGGCGUCAUUUGUGUGCGCAAAAGAAAUUGCUAAGUGCCUCCGAAAACAAUACACUCUAAUUGUGCAUCAUAUAAAUAAUGGCUAUACACAUAUAAACAACUACAAGUGAAUUGUGAUGAUGAUGAUUUCUUCAUUUAGCUUGUGAUUAUUGUGAUUUCUUUUCUGAAAUCUGUGCUACUAAUAAAGUAAUACGUCAACGAAUAGCGUGCGCGUCCGUUUGUGCGUUCCGUUUUAAAAUUAUCUUUUGGGUUAAAUAUUACCUACCGUGUUUUUGUAUUUGCUUCAAUAGCAUAAUUAGCCACCGGUUCGGUUUAGUUAGUAAGUAAAAGCAACAAUUUCUUGAUUUGCAUUGGUGCCAACGAUAUGCAAGACGAUAAUAAGAUGCUGAAAUCUCAGUUGGCUAAAGGUAAGCUUUUAAAAACUAUGCCUUGGUUCGGUAUGGACAUUGGUGGUACACUGACAAAGCUAGUCUACUUCGAGCCAAAGGAUAUAACGCCCGACGAACAGGAUCAAGAGGCUGAAAUUUUACGAAAUAUACGCCGUUAUCUAACCAAAAAUUCCGCUUAUGGCAAAACAGGGCACCGAGAUACCCAUCUGCAGAUGGACAAUGUUGAGAUACGCAAACGCCGUGGCUCACUGCAUUUCAUCCGCUUCCAAACCACGGACAUGAGCAAUUUCCUCCUAUUGGCCAAACAAAAGGGCAUGGCUGAAUUGGUGACUACGGUUUGUGCGACCGGUGGUGGUGCAUUCAAGUUUGAAAAUGAAUUCCGACAGCAAGUCAAUAUGAAACUCGCCAAAUUUGAUGAACUCGAUACGCUUAUCAAAGGCAUACUCUUUGCAGAGGUGCAGAAUCCCACAGAGUGCUAUUUCUAUGAGAAUGCGCGUGAUAUAAUGAAAAGCGAAAAGCGUGCUUUUGAUUUCUCCAAGCCGUAUCCGUUUAUUUUGGUGAAUGUCGGCUCUGGUGUGUCGAUACUGGCUGUCUAUGGACCAGACAAUUACAAGCGUGUCUCAGGCACAAGCUUGGGUGGCGGUACAUUCCUUGGCCUCUGCUGUUUGCUAACCGGCUGCAAUUCGUUUGAAGAGGCAAUACAGCUCGCAACCAAAGGAGACAAUCGUAAAGUGGAUAAACUGGUGCGUGACAUCUAUGGCGGUGACUAUGAUCGUUUCGGCUUGACCGGCGAUUUAGUGGCAUCCAGUUUUGGACAAAUGCACAUCAAGGAUAAACGCUCGUCGGUAUCGCGGGAGGAUUUGGCCAAUGCAACCUUGGUUACAAUAACUAACAAUAUUGGCUCAAUUGCACGUAUGUGUGCCUUGAAUGAGAAAAUGGAUAAGGUCGUCUUUGUCGGCAACUUCUUGCGCGUUAAUCCCAUUUCAAUGAAAUUGCUCGCCUACGCUAUGGAGUUCUGGUCAAAUGGCACGCUGAAGGCACUUUUCCUCGAACACGAGGGUUACUUUGGUGCUUUGGGUUGCCUUUUGCAGUUCAACGGUGAAAUAGCGGCCGCCUUGAAUGAAACCGCCGAAACUACACAAAAAACCGAACCAACAACCGCGUCCACUACCGCCGACAUAUUAUUAACUAAUAACUCAAAUUCCACAACUUCGCCAACUUGUAAUAGUACCAACAAUAGUGAUAGUUGAAGCACAGGGACUGUUUAUAAAAUGCACUCUUGUUAGUUCGUAGCUCAAAGAAAUUACAACAACACAGAAAUACUAUAUUACUACAAUGCGCUUGUAAAGUGAAGAAGUACUAACUAAAAAGGCACGACAAAACAAAAGCAAAAGCAAAAAAAGCAAAAUCAAAAUUAAAAUAUUUAAGUAAGUAAUACAUUUUUUAUGUGUUAUAAGAAAUAAGCAAAAGUAUGUAUGUAGUUUUUACGUAUGUAUAGUUAAUUAAUAAAAAUGAAACAAAAAUAAAAACUGAAAAAUGAAAUAAGUUGGCAAAGAGCAAUCACACACACGUCCAUAAACAGAAUAUGUUGCAGUUUGUAUGUAAAUGCAGGAAGCGUAACCGAAGGCGCGAGGUGUCUAUAAUAAACAAAUUAAAUAUUCAACGAAUAUUCCUGAAAAUAAUUCAAUAUUUAAUAAAUCGAAGGUACAGUUAAAGUAAAGCUAAUCGCUAUAAAAUCUAUUGUUAUAAUGACAACCAUUUUCUUUGCGAUAUACAGGGGCUGCAAUUCAAGAUAAAAACCGGAAGUUAAGCUUUGCAUAUUAUUUUGUAUUAGGUUUAAUGCAUAUAAACAAUAAAGAAACUAAAAGAUUAUAGCAAAACGAA